AUGAAAAUCUAAAAAAUUUGAGCUUCUACUUUUUAAAAGAAGAUUCCAAAUAAUCUUCUCAGCCAAAAAAAGAAAAUCCAUGAGACCACCUUUUCCAUAAAAAUAGAGCCAAACCCUCCCAUGAAACCCAGCCUAAUAAUCCACUACAGUAUCCUCUCUAACAUUUAGAGAAGGUAAUUUUCUUUUCACAUAUAUAUGCUUCUCUAUACCAGAGGAUGAAUUGAUGAAUGAUUGUGGAUGACAAUGGCAGAACAAGAGUACAGAGCUUACAAAGAAAAUGCGACAUUUGAGUUGGGUUUUCCACUGUUGUCCUGGCUAUAAUAAUCUGCACUUUUUUCUUCGAGAAACUGUUCUAAGAUCUAACCUUAAACCGCUAUGGAAAUCACUGCCAUGCCAUACUUCCGCGAUAUGCAACUCUACUCAACCAGAUUCUAUGGCCAAUAUCACAUCUUAUGCUUUAAUGUUACAUUCAUGUACCAAUGUCCAAACACUAAACCAAAUCCAUGCCCACAUCCUCAUGGCCGGGCUUCACAGCAAUAAUUAUUUAGGUGUUAAACUUGUGGAUUUGUAUGCUGUGUUUGGUAACGUGGAGGAUGCUCGCCAAGUGUUUGAAAAAAUGUACAAGCCAAAAACCUUUUCGUGGACCACAAUGUUAAGAGGGUAUGCCAGGAAUGGGUAUUUUGAGGAGGCUAUUUCCCUUGUUGGGCAAAUGGAUUUGGUUGGAAUGCAGUUAGAUAAUUUCACCUUUCCCUUUGCUCUCAAGGCGUGUGGCGGCCUCUCUGCUUUGCAAGAGGGCAAACAGAUCCAUUCUCGCAUACUCAAAGCUCGAUUUCAGUUAAACGUUUAUGUGGCAGCUUCGCUUGUGGAUAUGUACACCAAAUGUAGCCGAUUAGAGGAUGCACGGAAGGUAUUUGACAUAAUGUCUGAAAGAGAUGUUGUCUCUUGGACUGCCAUUAUUGGUGGAUAUGCACAGAGUAAGUGCCUUAAUGAGGCUUUGAUUCUCUUCCAUCAAAUGCAACUGGAGGCAAUGAGGCCGGAUUCGGUUGUUUUGAUAAGUGUGCUAUCAGCAUGCACCCAAUUAGGAGCUCUACAACAAGGCAAGUUCCUUCAUAAUUUUAUAUUCAAAGGUGGGUUUGAGUCGGAUGUUUCUUUAAUGAAUUCCUUGCUAGAUAUGUAUGCAAACUGUGGGGAGAUAGGAUUUGCAUGGAAGGUGUUUGACAAAAUGUGUAAAAGAGAUGUGAUCUCAUGGAGCACUAUGGUGGCUGGGUAUGCCAAGACUGGAGAUGCCAGUAACGCCUUGAAUCUCUUUAAUCAAAUGCUAGUUUCAGACAUAAAACCCAACUUCGUUACAAUGGUGAGUGUACUCCUUGCAUGUAUCCACUUGGGAUUUUUGCAGCUAGGGGAGGGGAUGCAUGGGUACAUAAUUAAAAGUGGGUUGGAGUCGAAUGUUUCUGUGGAAACUCGACUUCUAGACAUGUAUGCCAAAUGUGGGAAUAUGGACAAUGCUUACAAAAUGUUUUCCAUAAAUCCUAGAAGAGAUGUUGUCUCAUGGAGUGUGAUGAUUGCAGGAUAUGUCCGUAAUAAACGUGCUCAUGAGGCAUUGAAACUUUUUAUUCAAAUGCAGCUCGUUAAAAUGAUACCAGACUCGGUUACCAUUGUGAGUGUCCUACAAGCAUGUGCUCAAAUGGGUGCCUUGCAACAAGGGAAGUGUUUGCACAAGUAUAUAAUUACAAGUGGACUGCAUUUAGAUGUUUUUGUGGAAACUGGCUUAAUAGACAUGUAUGGAAAAUGUGGGAGUAUAGAUAUUGCGCGCCACUUGUUUGAUAGACUGUCUUCUAAAGAUGUUGUCUCAUGGAGUGCAAUGAUUGCAGUGUGUGGAAUCCAUGGUCAUGGAAAGGAUGCCCUUGAUGUUUUUACCCGCAUGCAGCAGAUGUCCAUUCAACCCAACCAUGCCACUUUUGUUUCGGUUCUAUCAGCUUGCAGUCAUGCGGGCCUUGUGGAUGAAGGUUGGCACCACUUCAAUAGCAUGAGUCGAGAUUAUCAUAUCACACCGCAGGCUGAGCACUAUGCUUGUAUGGUUGAUCUGCUAGGGCGUGCUGGAAGUCUGGAGGAGGCAGAAGAUUUUAUUCUUAAGAUGCCAAUAGAGCCUGAUACCAAUAUAUGGGGAGCAUUGCUUGGUGCCUGCCGAAUUCACUGUAACGUAGCAUUAGGAGAGCGGGUAGCAAAACGUCUGUUUGACUUAAGUCCUUCAAAUGCUGGAUAUUAUGUCCUAUUAUCAAACAUAUAUGCCGCUGCAGGGAGGUGGGAUGAUGUGGCAAAAAUGAGAGUAAUGAUGAGAGGGAUGGAUUUGACAAGAACACCAGGAUGUAGCUCAAUUGAAGUAGACAAUAAGGUCCACGAAUUCCGUAUGGAAGAUAUUGCACCUUUAGUCUGAAGAAACUUCAUCACUAUUGGAUUACAAUAGGUAUUGGAGACAUUGACUGUGUAGGUCAAUGUAACUUUUGUCCUGCAUGACUUGAAGUGGGUGGAUGAAAAUGUGCCCUGUGGUCAUUAUGACAAGAUGGCUAUAGCAUUCGGUUUUCUAGCACAUCCCAGGGUUCCCUAUCCACAACGCUAUGAACUUUUGUUUGGGAUAAGUGUUGGUGCCAGUCAUAGUUUCUGCAAACAAGAACUCCACCAGGUGAACGAUUAUGGUUGAACAUCAUUAUCAAAGAUAAUAUGUCUAAGCUGUUUGUGCAAAUGGAUAUUGACAAAUCGCAUGUGCUUCAUGGUGUAUCACAAGCUCUAUAUGACUCCAACUUUUGAGUUAUAAUACGGGAUUUUUUAUAAGAGUUGGAACAUUCUUUCAGCUAAUCACUGUCAUUGAUCAACACUGAACAUUGUUAGUUCUACAGGUUUGCAGGUGAGCCUUGGCUGCAGAGAAGCCUUCUGUAAGGCCUGAGUGGAAGCACAGUGAAAGGUAGUCGUCACUCAAAAACACCCUUUACAUUCUCAUUUAUGUAGAUCCUCAGUCUGUUCAAACUUCAAGUUGACAGAAAAUGAUUAACAAGGAUGAAAACUGUUCUCAUCAUUUCAAGGAUUAUAUCCUUUUUGAGUUUAAGAAUGAUCCAGUUAAAUUAGGGAGGAAACAAAAGCUUGCCUAGUUGAAAAUUCAUGGAUUUAUCACUGACCUUGAAUUGGCAACCAGAUUUCUAUGCUCUCUCUUUUAAAAUUGUAGUAUUAUGCGUGAAUACUUCAAUUCGAGAAAGUAAUCUAAGUGAGAUAUUCGUAUGAUUAAUGCAUUGUUGGAAUUUGUUUCAUGCCGAAUGGUUUUGCACAUUUGAUAUUCAAAGCAAACAUUUUCUGCAAUCAUAUCACUCUAGGGGAUCUUCAUACAGCCACUGAAGGAGCUCUUCUUUGCUUUGAAAGCCCUUGUCAAAGCAUGCCCUACAAUCAAUGUAAAUAUUUUUAAAAACCACAACCAUUUUAUUUUUUAUUAUUUUUAUUUUUAUUUUUCACUAAGUACGCACAUCAAGCUAAAAUGUACCAUGACAUUAUGCUUUUGGGUCAAAAGCAUGCUUCAGAGGCUAUCAGCCCCCCUGAGUUUUCUUCAGGUUCACUACAAAGAUUGGAUUAUGGAAUUACUUUUAACCUUAUGUGUGGAAGAUGCUCCAAAUAACGAGUUUGGGAUUUAUCUGUGAAGCUUUUUUGAAGUCUUUUAUGUUUGAAUGGGAAAACUGAAUGUUUGAGAGUAAUGAUAUUCUCUCAUCAACAUCCAUAAUAACUUUAUAUGUAACAAUGCCAAAUUUAGUUUA